GUACGUAGAUUCAUGCAUGAAAACAAUAUUUAUAAACAACGAUAUAUUCAUAAUUUCUUUUCUUUUUUAUUGGUUCAAGAGAUUUGGACUUUAAAUGAUACAGACACUUCGAAUAUUACGAUCCACACUGUACCACACCACCACAGUUAACAGUAAUAUUAUAUAUAUAUAUAUAUAUAUCAUAUAUCUAUAUAUUUUUAUAAUUGUUAGAACUGCACCGUAGUUGAACCGCUUAUUCCACACCGCUCAGUACGAUCUGCAGUCACCGUUCCAAACCAAAAGGCGAAACCAUACUCAGUAAAAUAUAAUGUUUGACAGGCUAAUAAUAAUUUACGUAGUCAACUGUUUGAUCCUAUCACAUACAAUGUUUUUAAUUUGAGAGUCAAUUCAACAACCGUACAUAUAUUAAAGGGGUCCGAAUGAUAACAUGCUGGAUAACUACGGAAUAAAUGCAGUGUGAUUCAAAUAAUAACAAAAAUAUAUAGAUAUAUAAAUAUAUGUAAAGUUUUUUAUUAUUAUUCAUGACGGUGUGAUGCGGGACGGUUGGUUACCGUUCGAAGCGUAAGUAUUAUAUGUCUAAAUAUUUUUUUUUAAUAUUUUAAUAUUUCCUUCCUUUUUAUUCAUUGACUUCUAUAUAUCCAUAUAAUAUUCCUGUUAAUUUUUUUUCUUUUUGACUCUUCUUACUAUUUAAAUGAGAUGUGAUACCUUCCAACAACAUAUCACAAAAACAAUUGAAAACAAGAGGCGAGGGGAUAUUAAUGGAGAGGGAAAAUCAUGAAGGUGAGAAUUUGCCUCCGGAACUGAAUCAAAUCAAGGAACAAAUCGAAAGAGAAAGGUUUCUGCACAUUCAGAAAUCAUUUGCGGAUAGACCAAGUGUGGUUACUCAUGCUGCAUAUCAUCAUUCUCUUGCCUCAACCCGGGGUGCUGGAGUAAAUAAUGAUGGAGGGGACAACAAUAUGCUUUCUUUGAGAAUAAAAACACCACUUCAUAUUUUCAAAUAUAAUCCUCCGGAAGAAUUUACAUCUCCACUUCCCAAGAAACAAGUUAUCAAGCUUCCAAUUGUUAAACAGCUACCACGAGCCAUUACCUGGGUCUUCACGGAUAGUAAUAAGCUAAUGGCUGAAAGUGAUUCUGUGAUCGGUAAGAAACAAAUAAUUUAUGUCAAAGGCCAGGCAGAGGAAUUGAGCAGCAACGACGAAGAAGAUGAAGAAGAAACCGAGAAAGAAAAACUGGAAUUUUCCAAAGAUGCAGAUCAGUUUAUAUGGGAGGUUGGGCAAAAACAUAAUUUAGAUGACCUGGUGGUGCAAAGUGCUCUCUCCAAGUUCUUUGAAUUAGAUGUUUCAGAUAUCUUGGAGAGAUACAAUGAUCUCAAGAAGCUUAAGAUCAAUGAAGGAGAUACUGGUGAAGUUUCUGAUGUACGCAUAUUUACUUCUUCUCCGGAGACUACUGAAAGGCGUUUUUGCCGUCGUUGCUUGAGAUUCGAUUGUCGUGUGCAUGAAGAAGAUCAGCCUGAGAUUUACAAUAAAGAAAACCAAUCUAAUUUGUUUGAGAAGGAGGAUGUUAGAAAACAAUGCAGUAACCAUUGCUACCUUAAGCUAAAGGGUGUCACAGAAGCUGAUCAUAUGGUGGAUAAUGAUAACUAUGUAUCAAACAAGAAAGGGAAGAAUGUGGUCUCAGAGAUGUCUCAAGCAUACAAUGAGUGGACGUCUGUAGAGAUGGAUCUUUACCUCAAAGGAGCUAAACUCUUUGGUAAAAACAGUUGUCUUAUUACAAGAAACGCACUUCCCGGACUUAAGACGUGUUUAGAGGUUUACAAUUACAUGCAUGAGCAAGAUCAAUAUAAAAUGUUACUAGAACAUGAAGAAACUUCAGAAACAGACAAUCAGGUUAAUAAAGAGACAUCGCGAAAAAAACGUAGGCUGGUCCGGAAAAAAGUCAAACUCCAAAAGCAUAUUUAUCCGGCUGCUAUAAAAAAUACAAUGAACGAAAUAGAGAAGUCAUAUAAGCAGUACACACCAUGCCCUUGCGAGCCGGUAUGUGGAGAUCAAUGCCUUUGUUUCCGUAAUGGAAAUUGCUGUGAGAUAUAUUGCGGGUGUCCAAAGACAUGCAACAAUCGCUUUGGAGGAUGUAACUGUACAAAGGGUCAAUGUAUAAACCUAAAAUGUCCUUGCUUUUCCAAUUUUCGUGAAUGCAAUCCAGAUCAAUGUCGGAGUUGUUCGCUUAGUUGUGGAGAUGGCCAUGGCUCUCUUGGUGAGACAUCCAAGACAAGCGAAUGCAAGAACAUGCAACUCCUCCUUAAGAAACAUAAAAAGAUUCUCCUUGGAAUGUCUAAUGUUCAUGGAUGGGGUGCAUUUACACGGCACUCCCUUAAACAAAAUGAGUUUCUCGGAGAAUAUACUGGAGAAUUGGUCUCCGUCGAUGAAGCAGAGGAACGUGAGAGAGCAGAUCACAAGCUUGGUUAUUCCUACCUCUUUAACUUGAAUGAUAAGUUCGUCAUUGAUUCUCGCCGACAAGGAAACAAGUUUAGAUUUCUCAAUCACUCAUCAAAUCCUAACUGCUGCGCCCAGGUGAUGAUUGUUAAAGGAGAUCAGAGGAUUGGAUUAUUUGCGGGUAAAGCUAUCAGAGAAGGUGAGGAGCUGUUCUUCGAAUAUAAACCAGGAGAAGCGGAUAGGUCUCCUAGCAUAUCUAGCGACAGUGGUAGCUCGAAGUCAGAGAACAGCAGUUCAUCUACUUAGACUUGAAUCUGAGGAAGAUUGACACAAAGCAGUCGGUUUUGGAUUCUAAUGCUAUUUUGCGUAACUAAAGUUCAGAGUCGUUUUGGUUUGAGAAAGGACAAAUUUUGAAGUAUUAUGUUUUAUUGUUUUAAGGUUUUGUCUGUCUCAUGUCUUUAACUCUUGAAGUUGCCAAAUGUCGAUGUUGCUCUUCCUCCUCCAAGCUACCAUCUUCAUAAUCAGAUCCCUAUUAAAAUUUCGAAGUACGUACGUACCAACCAUUGUCAGACGACUCAGACCAUAACGAAUUGAUGAAUAACUCACUAACCAUCCUAAUUAUAUAAAAGAUAAACCUAUGAUUAAACUAAACUUUUUGUCACGUGCAGUUCCAAUAAGAUCUUUAAGUAAACAGUACAAAAUAAGCGAUUAAAAUUCACGAGUGAAAACACUGAUGAGAGUCUCCAGCUAGAUCUUUAUGGUCGUAUAAUUACACUGCGUGAGUGUGGUUAGUCGUUGGUGACAACGUGCAUUGUCGUUGGAUUGGAUAAACAUCAACUUCUUUGGGGCCACUUCCUCGACCACUCGCCCAACUUGUUUUUCUCUUUUCCGUAUAACAUAAUUAAAAGUAACAAAAAUCAUAGAAAAAUAAUAAUAAUGAUAAUAAUAAAAACAAUAAUAAUAAUAAUAAUAAUAGGAUGCCACUAAUCCAAAUUCGAUGAUCUGCUACGACAAAAAAUAAUAAUUCGAUGAUACAAGGGCUUAUUUAGGGAAUAACUAAAAAAAAAAGAGAAAUUAGAUUUUGAAAGAGAGAGAAAAGAGAGAUAGGAAGAGAAAAGAAGAGAGAGGGUGGGAUUUUAGUUAGAUAGUGAAUUUUGUUUUUUUUCUUAGCUAUUGGGUGCAAUUUCUCAUGAUACAAGUCAUGUCACAGUUUCACAAAUAUCUUCCCAUUUUCAAAAUAAUUGAAGUUGGAUGAUUUGUGGAUGUCAUGUUUUUUUUUUUUUUUUUUGGUGUAAUGGAUGUCAUGCUUUCGCUAUCAAAAGGAAGAAACCUUAAGUAUGGCUAGGCAUGAACAGAUAUUUAUGCACCUUUUUUUUUGUUCAAAGGAUGAUUUGAUUAGAAUGAAAAUAGAAAGAUAGAGUUUAAGGCACAGGAACACUAUUACAGAGACAUGGCUUUGCAAUUGAGUCCGCUAGUUCAUUUUGAGAUGUAGGAAUAAAACUAUAACGACAUGAAGUAAAAGAAGAAGAAGCGAGAGACGCGAUGUCGGAGAGAGUUCCGUAGAGCUCUGUCGAUCGUCGGUUCUCGUUAAUCGCUUUGACAAGCACUUGGGAGUCUGAUCUAAGCCAGAUAUGGGUGAUACCAAACGAGAUGGCAUGCAUAAGGGCCGCUUUUACCGCCAAGCCUUCAACUAGGAGCGUCGAUGGAACGUGGUGUUUAAUUUGAGCUCCCCUGCUCGAUUCCUCGAGAUUCUGGUCCGUGAAAGUCCAUCCAAGUCCAGCUCUUUUCAAAUCUGAUUUUCAGGCUGCAUCGUUAUUACAAAUGAUUGUCUGGUGAGGAUCGAGAGGAUUAGUCAGGUGAUGCGUUGCUUGUGUGCGUAGCUGGGUGGGCUUCUCUGUUGAAGCCUGAGCCGUGACCCAUUCCUUUGCUCAACUAUGGUCUUGCCAAGAACCUCCGAAAAACAAAGAGAUUUUUGGUUUAGUUAUAUAUCAAUAGAAUCAAGAAAUGAAACCGAACAAGAAUCGAAUGAAGAAUAAAAUUUCUAUGAUAUAAUUUAUAUACUUUUAUAUAUAUUAACUAUUUAGUUUUAAAAUAAUUUAAUAAUUUAAAUAUUAAUUAUAAACUGAAAUAUCCAAAACUAAUUAUCAGAAUUUUUUUAUCUGAAAUAUUUAUAAUUAUUUGAAUCAUCCAAAAUUUUAAAAUUGAUAUUUAAUUUUGACAACCCAAAUUAACUAAAAACUGAAAUUGAAUAAGAUCCAAAAUUAUUUUGGAUAAUAGCCUUUAAAUAUCCGAAUGAAUAAUAAAUUUCUAGAACAGAAUCAAGAACAAGAACCCAAUGACCAUGGUUAAGUAUGACUGUGCACAGAGCCGGCCCUUGGACCAAGCCAAUAAAACCCUUGCUUCCAGCCGACAAAUUUAAGAAGAUAUUUCGGCCACAAAAUUACUAAAAACUUUCUUAGUCUAGUGGUAUAGCGCUGAGGUAAUAGAUUUCCUUGCAUCAUCUUGGGUUCGAAUCUGCUGUAGUACAUAUUUUUUUACUUUUUUGUUUUGAUAAGUGACCACAUUUUUUUUUUUGCUUUUAGCCUUCUCAAACCUAGGACCGGCUCUGACUGUGCACAUGAUUGACUGGUAAUCAAUCUACACUAAUCAAAUUGGUUUUGCCCUCUUGUUGCAUACUUAAAAUAUAUAUAUAUACACACAAAUAUUUGUAUAGAUUUUGGUCACUUUCCACAAUCUUUAUGCAUAAGCCAAUGAAUCUAACAAGAAAAAGCUUCCAACGGGCCCCCAACAUACAAACAAAAUACACAUGAAUAAAGAAUGAUCUAAACCUGGUCAUUACCAGAACCCGGUCUAAACCGGUAUAAGCCAACAACGACUUUAACCCGCCAGAAAAAAAAA